UGUUGCAGAGGCCAGUCCAAUUUGCCACCGAGGGAACCAGGGUAUCCCCUAAUAGGAAAUCUUAAUUUUAAAAUGGAGACACCAGUCAUUCUAAAUUUAUGGCAAAAACAUGGCGACUUGUUCACGUUAAAAAUGUUUGGCCAUCCCUUGAUCGUAGUGUGUGGUUCUCAAACUUUACACGAAGUUCUGGUGAAGAAUGAAGAACAUACCUUUGAACAUCCAGAUCAUUAUGUCAACAAAGAAUUUUUCGAAAGAUCAGGCAUACUUGGGGCGUUCGGAGAAAUUUGGCGUAUGCAAAGGAUAUUCGCCAUCGCUAUGUUGAAAAGCAUAGAUUCAGGAAGCUCAAAUCUAGAAUCUCGUGUACUCACUGAAGUCGAAGAAUUUAUAACACAAGCAGAAAAAUUUGGAGGCCAGUCUUUCAAGAUUAAUGAUUUGGUAAAUAUAUACCAUUACAACAUCGUCUCAUCUCUCAUAUUUGGGAAGAGAUUCAAACAUGGAGAUGCCACACUGAAACGCCUUAUAGAGUUGAUAAGCGAGGCAGUAACUAACACUGCUCACCAAGCGCCUACCUCUGUCCUUCCAUGCCUGAGAUUUCUUCCGGGGGAUAAGUUUAAAGUUAAACGCCACCGACAUGUCGUGGACGGAAUUCUAGACAUUAUGCAGAAGGCCGUGGAUGAACACAAGAAAAUUCCAGAGGAACCGAAUUCUACCGACAUUAUUUACAGUUUCUUUAAGGAACAAGAACGGAGAAAGCAAAACAAUGAAGAUCUAGUCGGCUUCACUGACCGUGAUUUACUAAUAAUGGGAUACGGUCUUUUGUUUGGUGGACUCGGCGCUCCUCAUACACUCCAAUGGUCAGUUUUAUAUCUGAUGCACUAUCCUGAAGUCGUCUCUCGCAUGCAGAAAGAAAUUGAAGAAAAUAUAGAAAACGAUCGCUUCCCUAAUAUGGAAGAUAAGCCACGCCUCCCUUUCUGUCAGGCUGUGGGGUGGGAGGUUCUCAGAAUAGCGUCAGUGGUAUAUGUCGCCCCCUCACAUGCUUCGUCAUCUGAUUUAACGAUAAAUGGCUACACUAUACCCAAAGGCGCAUAUUUGCUACCAGCCUUAUGUAGUGUCAACAUGGAUCCAACUAUCUUCAAAGAACCAAACACUUUUAACCCGAGUCGCUUCAUUAACGAAGAUGGUCAAUUGUUUGGUUUCGAGAACGUCAAAACCUCCUUCUCAUUAGGACCAAGGAAUUGUUUAGGUCAAUGGUUAGCGGAAAUGGAAAUCUUUCUUUUCAUUACUACCAUAGUGCAGAAAUUUGACAUCGAAAACGAGGCCGAUACCCCAGUUCCAUCCUUAGAGGGAAUAUAUAAAGGGAUACACGUCACCGGCCCUUAUAAUGUGUUUCUGAAGAAGAGAGUGCAGUGA